AUGAGUUCAGUAAUUUCGAGAGGGAAGAAAUUUUCUCCUCGACCAGAGAAGAAGGGACGAAAUUUACAGCAAAUUGAAGAGCAAUUCCGAAUGCUCGAUGAGAAGGAGAAGAGAAUCAAUGAAUAUUAUGAUGAACGAAAAUUGAAUGUGGGAAGGCCGAGCGAGGAUGAGGAAUUAUCGUUCAUUCUAACGACCUCAGCAAAUGUUAAUCUACAUACAUCAAACUUUUGGGAUGUGAUUAAGGAGAAACAAGAAACAACUUCAAACAAAUAUCAUGGGAUGAAAUCAAAAGAGAAAAUCAUGAAAAAAUCGAGAAAAUUAAUUGAAGUGCCCGAUACUCUUGUACAUUAUCGUUCUCCUCUGCACAUUCAUCAAGUAGAGAAAAAGAAAGCCUUUCUUAAGACAUCAACGCCUCCAAACGAAACGAAACCUGUCAGCAAUGUAAAUUUAUCAGAUCACCUGCAAGACGAAAGCAUAAAUUCCGAAGGUAUCUCUCUAAUGGACAGAACUGCGCUUGAAGAAGUAGAUCGCUCCCAAGAAAGUAGCACAAUCCCGAGCCCAGUAUUUAAAGUUACAAGCCCAUCGAGCGACCUGAAUCACAAGUUAGGGGAAGUGUUUUCGUUUGAAAUUCGAGUGCAUCAGCUUGCAGAGCAUUCAAAUACACUGUUCGAAGUUAAGAUUUAUGACGAGCAUAUGCCCAUUGAGCGAGUGACACUGAUGAAAGAUUUAAGAAUCAACAGAGACGCAUUCAUAAUUUUCACGGAGCCCAAUAUGAUAAAAUUUAACGCCUUAACUCUGCCUUGGGUUGAAAGCCCUGAAGACCUAAUUAAUCAAACUUUGGUGGUAGAAGUACAAGGCACUUAUCCGUCGAGAACUCGAGUAGCCAAAAGUUCGAUCAAAUUCUCACAUAAAUCUCAGCCAACUCAUCAUGAAAAACCUAAAAUUCAAAUACCACCUCUUCGAGAUGUAUCCUUUUCUCGAUCCAGAAGUCCAUCUCCAACUCAACGAGAGAAGUCAAAUAGAAGUCUCCUCGACGUUGCUCUACCUUAUUCCGUCUCACCUGCCCGAACCAAUGAAGAAGAGCUUAAACGUUCUCUGAGUUGUCAAGCCAUUCAACCACCUCCUUCGAAUACUACUCCACCUGUCGAAGAAGAAGAAGAUGCCGUUCAAAGGAAACUCGAAAGAAUGAAUAGCAUUGAAGGACCUCUUUCUCCAAGUUCACAACGAUAUCGAGAACUUCAAUUCAUGCGAGAAAAUAUGAAGCUCAACUUGAAGUUGCAUCAAAAGUUGUUGAGCUGA